AUGGAAGGACAGCAGAGCUUAAAUAUUUUGUUGGUCUUGGCUUUGGGACUUCCUUCCGCACUUGGGCUUGUUCAGGAAAUACCCAUACCAACAGAUCUGGAGGAAUGUCUCCUGUACAAAUCCCUGAACGUAAGCGUGGCAGACGUCCCCGGAAAACUGAUAGAGGACUUCUGUCUACAGAAUUUUGCCCUUUAUCACUAUGAUGAAAAUACGCAAAGGAAUAUUAGUGCUGAAGGCAUUAACUAUUUGGAAUCUCUCUUCCGACAAAUUAAUGCCGAAACCAGAAUGACAAGAAGUAAAAGACAAGCACGUGCAACCUGGCGCGUAAGGAGUGAAAUUCGGACAUUGUCGUCUGCGCAGCGCAACCGGAUAUUUAGUUGUUUAAAUCGUUUGAAAAGAGAUUAUACUAUUGACCGAUCUGUGAACACCUACGACUUAAUUGGUUCCCUACAUUCUGCGCAAGCGACCCGAUUCAUGCACAACGGACCAAGUUUUCUUGGACGACACGCAGUUUAUCUUCUGGUGAUGGAAACUGCAUGCCGCACGCCCAUUCCAUACUGGGACUUUACGAUGGACGGUGAGAUGAAUGAUCCUUCUAGUUCGGCUAUUUGGUCAAAUACUUUCUUCGGAAAUGGAAACGGAGCAGUAAGAACAGGUUUUUGUGGCAACUGGGUGACACCCCAAAAUACUCCUAUCAUCAGGAAUCUUGGAGCAGGUGGAGUUCGUAUACCAGGCAAGCAAGCACUAAGAGCUCUUCUGAGUAGAACAAGAACUAGUGAAAUUACAGAACCACAGCCAGCCAUGAGUGUUUUCUCCAUAGAGGUACAUCAUAAUGCCGUUCAUAAUAACAUUGGAGGCCUUUUUGCAGGCCUUGACACAGCUCCAUUUGAUCCUGUAUUCUGGUUCUUACAUUCUAUGUUCAACUACAUUUGGUACUUGUUCAAAAUUAACCAGAGAGCAAGAGGAAUCGACCCACAGCGAGAUUAUCCACAAGGGCCUAAUGUUCCACAAGGCCACGAGUUUUUCCAACGAUUGAACUUUAGACCUUUCUUCCGUCCGAUGACAAAUCUUGAAACAUUCUCAGAUCGAUUUGAUAGAAUUGUCAGGUACACUCCUUUGCCUACUUGUUCGCAAUGUGCAGGAAACCCUUACCUGGUAUGCCUUCGCGGAAUGUGUGUAGCUAGAUCUAGAGGUCGCGGUACAGCUGUCGGUGUUGCUCCAGGAGUUAUAAGACCUGGCGUUGUGGCACGUAGAGUUCUCAUACCUCGAGCACCUGUUUUGAUUAGAGGAAAGCGUAGUAUAUAUACAAAUAAUACUGUAGUUCAGAUAAUUCAAAGCCAUGAAGAAGCCAUUUCAACACUGGACAAAUCAUAUCUUAACACGUUUAUUAUAAAUGGUCAUUACACUCCUAAAGACUGGGUAUAUUUGAAUGUUCGAGUAGUGUAUGAACGUCCGAGGAAUGUUCACUUUAAUUCAACUGAUCUAGGAGACUCCAAUGAUAUGCAUGAUCCCAUCAACUUCCAAAAUGCUGGAGAAAACAUCGGAAUCAAAGACCGUGUUUUUUAUAAGCAGAAAUGCGAACCCGCAGGGUCAGGAGCUACUAAAGUCUUUGUUGAAUCCAAUGGUCUAAAUUAUCAUGGUAAAUAUAAAGAAUUCUCUAUUCUAGACGAACGACAGGCUGUUUCCUCUGCUGUUAUCCAAGUAGCUGUACGCAAACCUUCAGACAAACACACAGAGUCGUUCUUGUCUGCUUAUGACAGUUGUGGCCGAGUUUGUAGACCUGCCUGCCCAGUAGCACAUAGAUCUUCAACAGUUUACAAAGCCUGUACCGGAACCUUCAAAAUUACUACCGAAUAUCCGCUGAUGUAUAGUAAUUCGUAUGAAACAGCGAUUAGUUCCCUUUGGCAUCUCAGUUUAGACGGUAAAGGCCCGUUAUUUAGAAACACAUUUUCACCAGUUACUUUCAUAUGUGACCAUCAAAACGCAUGGCCUUGGUCCCGCAAGUAAGAGAAGUAGGGAUCCAGUCAGCAAAUAAAAUUUGCUGUAUCUAGCACCGGUAUAUUCAUGGAUAGAAAAGUUAAUCCAUUGAUCUAUUUAUUUGAAAUAUUGUCUUGAAAAGGCUUCACUCAUAUAUUUAUUUUCAGUCUUAAGAAGGAAUCUCGUCAUAUAAAUCAUAAUUUGUCUUCACUUUAAAGUGAAGUUUUGAUAACUUUGCAUGU